UAUCCUUAGUCUCCUAAUGAGAAGCUUGGCAGCAUGAAUUCCCACCGUGUCCUUCUUUUCUCCCCUAAAAUGACUCAGUCUCCUUAUUUUUUUUCUUCCCAUCUGUUCUGUCUUGAAGAAAAGAGCCCCUGGUUUCUAAGGAAGACGAUCCUCCUGCUGCCCUCACGUUCCCAGGUUCGCCAUAGUUUCCAUUCUGCAUUUUUCAUUUUUACCUGGUACCCUCCCCGGCAUCCCCGAGCCUGAAGGCUCAGCACUUCUGUGACCCUGCUGUCCACCGGCUGGUGCUGCUUCUCCUUGCUGCACUGUGGCAGUUCCUCAAAGGGUGAUCUCUGGCUUCACCUCUCCCCUCUUCAUCCCCCACUCUGUCUCCGCGGGGACUGCGGUUUCCACCGCAUCACCCCAGACCUCACUUCUCCCAAGGUCACCCCUUCAUCAGACCCCCGCUGUCCUCGCAGUCGCUGUUGCCCGUGUCCUCUGAAGCACUUGCGCCCGUUUCCUUCCUUCUUCAGGGUUGUCGUCUGCAUUUUGAUGACUCUGAAUCCCCCUUGUUUUUCUGCCUUCUCCACAGGCGCCUCCUGCAGUUUUGCGAAUGUGUCCGCUUGAAACCCACCGACAUCCAGCCGGACAUCUUCAGCUAUCUCCUGCAUCUCAUGUACACAGGGAAGAUGGCACCGCAGCUGAUCGACCCGGUGCGGCUGGAGCAGGGCAUCAAGUUCCUGCACGCUUACCCGCUGAUCCAGGAGGCCAGCCUGGCCAGCCAAGGAGCCUUUUCUCAUCCCGACCAAGUUUUCCCGCUGGCGUCGUCCUUGUAUGGCAUUCAGAUCGCAGACCACCAGCUGAGACAAGCCACCAAGAUGGCCUCGGCGCCUGAGAAACUUGGUCGAGAGCCGCGGCCGCAGGCGACGCGGAUGAGCCAGGAGCAGGGGCCCGAGGCCCCCCAGCUCUCCCAGCUGCCCUCCAACCUGAGCCAGGUGAACCGGACACACAUGACCCCCUCAGACCCGCUGCAGACCUCGCUAUCGCCCGACCUCGUCUCCACGCCCGUUCCUCCCCCGCCCCCCGGGGAGGAGACCAACCUGGAAGCCUCCUCGUCGGACGAGCAGCCCGCGCCCCUCACCAUCGCCCACGUCAAGCCGAGCAUCAUGAAGAGGAACGGCAGCUUCCCCAAGUACUACGCCUGCCACCUGUGCGGGCGGCGCUUCACGCUGCGGAGCAGCCUGCGGGAGCACCUCCAGAUUCACACGGGGGUCCCCUUCACGGCCAGCCAGCCCGGCGAGAGCCGCGUGCCCCUGUCUCUGUGCAGCAACGCAGCGGACCUCGGCAAGGACGCCAUGGAAGUGCCGGAGGCGGGCAUCAUCAGCGACAGCGAGCUCCAGCACAUCUCGGACUCGCCCAUCAUCGACGGGCAGCCGCACUCGGAGACGCCGCCGCCCUCGGACAUCGCGGACAUUGACAACCUGGAGCAGGCGGACCAGGAGCGGGAGGUCAAGCGGCGCAAGUACGAGUGCACCAUCUGCGGCCGCAAGUUCAUCCAGAAAAGCCACUGGCGGGAGCACAUGUACAUCCACACCGGGAAGCCUUUCAAGUGCAGCACGUGCGACAAGAGCUUCUGCAGGGCCAACCAGGCGGCCCGCCACGUGUGCCUCAACCAGAGCAUCGACACCUACACCAUGGUGGACAAGCAGACUCUGGAGCUCUGCACCUUUGAGGAAGGCAGCCAGAUGGACAACAUGUUGGUACAGACAAACAAGCCCUACAAAUGCAACUUGUGUGACAAAACGUUCUCCACUCCCAAUGAGGUGGUUAAACAUUCAUGCCAAAACCAGAACUCGGACGUCUUCGCCCUGGAGGAGGGGCGGUCCAUUCUCCUGGGCAGUGGGGACUCGGAAGUGACGGAACCCGACCACCCGGUGUUAGCUUCCAUCAAAAAGGAACAGGAAACAGUGUUGUUAGACUGAAUGUUACUUAUGUUUUUAAAAACUCAUUUUUACAAAGACUCACUUCCUUCCCUUCCCCCAAAUUCAGAACUCUUGUUCUCCACGGCAUGAUGCAGACAGGUCCCGGCCCCACUCCCCCCACCCCUCCUGUCCCGUCCACAGCCCCUCCUCUUAAAGGCUCUGUGCAUUAUAAACCCAGAACAUACUUCUUUAAUUCAGGGGAUAUUGGAAAGAUAAUGGUCAGUAGUACUUAUAAGCUCAUAGACUUGGAGAAGUUUUAGAUGAUUUAAAAACCUACUUGGAACUAAUGAAGGGUAUAUAACAUAACAAAACAACUCCAAUGCAAUUUGGCAAGCUAAAAUUAUGACUUUCCCUGGGUAGUAAGUCUCCCUUCUCAGAAAGACAAUGUCUGAAAAAUACAGCAUGCUUCUUAGAGAUACAGUGGGGCUCUGUAACUAUGCAAAAUCUAGAGGUGUGGGGAAACUUCAAACCCAAGAAAACAUUCUUAGUAUUUAUCCUCCAGGUGUCUUAUUUCAGAAUGCAUCCUUUGAGAUUAUGUCCGGUUAGGAAAAUCAUUAGUUGAGAAAUCUACUUGAACAAAACACAAGAGAAAAAGUAAUAAUGUGAUGGCAAUCUUAAUUUUUGGAUAAAACAUGACAAGCUGUGGGUCUGUGUGUUUGGAAGAGAAAAUGUGUGGAUACUUGCUGUAAACAGGUGAAUUAAUGCACAUGCCUUAUCUAAUUGCUGGCUUUUUUCAGAGCUGAAUAACAACAAAAUAUGUGUUUUAGUUUCCAACAAAUUUGUUGGUUGUUUUAAAAAUCAGACUUGAAAGUACCAUUCUAUAGAUAGAUUGUCUUUCUGAAUAGAAAACAAUAUGCCAUUCUAGCAGUUGCCAAUGGUAAAUUUGUUUUUAGUGCCAGUCAACUGCUUUUAAAUCAGUGUUGAGUAUGCAGGGGGGUAAAGAUACAAGAAUAUGCAUCUUACAGGGAAAGUUGUGGGCACAUGUAGGAACUUUAAUGACUUUAAAUGUUAAUGCUGAUAGUUUACUGGCAACAUUCACUGAAGCAUCAAAAAUGGCAGAAAUCAGGACAAAAAAAUUGCUGUUUGGGAAAAAGCUUAAUUUUGAUGUUUAGUCUCCCAUUUUUUGAAAAAAAAAAAAAAA